GGGAUGUAGGUGAGGACGUUAACAUACAAUUGGGAUUUGUGCCUGACCUGUGCCAGUGAAUCCCGGUACUUAAUUCCCAGAUAACAGAUCAAUGAGCCUCUGAGUCUCCAGAUCAGGAUUUCUCUCUCUCUCUCUCUCUCUCUCUCUCUCUCUCUCUCUCUCUCUCUCUCUCUCUCUCUCUCUUUUUUGCACAGUUCUUAUGUUUGUCUCUCUGGAUCAGUGAACUGCUUAGUGAGGAAAACUGGCAUAUGUUACUUAAAAUCUCAAGAAAAAUAUAACAGCGACGGUUUGUGGAUUUUUAAAAAAAAUUUUGUAUUCUGGAGAAAAGCUGUCUUGUCUGAGGAGUUAGAGCUGUGCUUCUUCUAGUCCUCUGCCAGAAGGAACACCACCGCUGAAGUUGUGUGAAAGGAAAUGAGAAGAAAUAACUGUGCAGAUAAUCUGCGAAGGGGCUGGAGGCCUGUUAUCUGGCUACUGGCUGCUUUCCUGUCAUCUCUGCUCAUAGUGCUUCUAAUGAGCUCAGUUCUGCAGUUUGGAUAUCUGAAUGUAUCAAAACGGGCAGCUCCAGGCAAUGGGACCACAGCUGCACCCCCACCCCCUUCACAAGUCCGCCUCGUCCAUGGCCGGAGCCGGUGUGAAGGCCGUGUGGAGAUACUGCACAAUGGCACAUGGGGGACUGUGUGCGAUGAUGACUGGGACAUGAAGGAUGCCAACGUGGUGUGCCGGCAGAUCGGGUGCGGCCUGGCGCUCGCAGUAUCUGGGAGCACAGUGUUUGGGCAAGGCACCGGUCCCAUCUACUUGGACAACGUGGACUGCAAGGGCAGCGAAUCAGGGCUGAGCGACUGCGGAAGUCUGGGAUGGGGAGUCCACAACUGUUACCACUAUGAGGAUGUGGCUGUGACAUGCAAUGAUGUGUUUAUCCUAGGAGCAAGGGAACAUAAUCUCACCACUCCUGCUCCACAAAGAAACGGACAUGGAGAGGGCAGCAUCCGCCUGGUUGGUGGUGCCGACUCCUGCCAAGGCAGAGUGGAGGUGUUUUACAGUGGCAGCUGGGGGACUGUGUGCGAUGAUGACUGGGGAAUGAGGGACGCCAUCGUGGUGUGCCGGCAGAUCGACUGUGGCCCGGCCCAGGGUUUCACCACCAACGCUUACUUCGGCUACGGCACUGGGCUCAUACUCCUGGACAACGUGAACUGCGACGGGAACGAGGCUUACCUGUCGUCCUGCUACAGCCUGGGCUGGGGAAUCCACAACUGUGGGCAUCACGAGGAUUCUGGGGUGAUCUGUGCAGGCUCUGUGACGUCAACGGCUGCUUCCAACAUCCCUUCAACGGUGGGCAGAGCCAAAGUGUUUUUACCAGACACUACUGCAGUUACAGAUAUCACUGACUCAGUGACUCAGCAGAUAACGCUGUCUACAACUCAAGUGGUACCUGCAGCAGGGGGCUCUAUCCGUAUGGUGAAUGGGAACAGCAGCUGCCAGGGCAGGGUGGAGGUGUUCUACGACAACGCCUGGGGGACGGUGUGCGAUGACGACUGGGACAUUCUCAACGCCAAGGUGGUCUGCAAGCAGCUGGGCUGUGGCGCUCCCGUUGAAGCCAAGCUGGCUGGCUACUUCGGCUAUGGAAGCGGACCCAUUCUGCUGGACAACGUGGACUGCGACGGAGACGAAGCGUACCUGACCGACUGCUUCAACCUGGGCUGGGGGCAGCACAACUGUGGCCAUCACGAGGACGCAGGGGUCAUUUGCAGAGGUAUUGAAACACCCACAAAGCAGUCUAAAGAAUACCUCACAGAAGUCACCACAACCUCGACCCCUGCACCUCAAGAAGGGGCGGUGAGGCUGGUGGGUGGCAGGCAUCGCUGUGAGGGCCGUGUGGAGCUGUACAUGGAGUCUCGCUGGGGCACGGUGUGUGACGAUGCUUGGGAUCUGAACGGCGCCCUGGUGGUGUGCAGGCAGCUCAGCUGUGGGGGCGCCACUGCGGCCAGGGAACAGGCUUACUUCGGCCAGGGCAGCGGCACCAUAUUCCUGGACAAUGUCAAAUGCAGAGGCAGCGAGAUCUCCCUCCUGCACUGCUCUCAUAUCCGCUGGGACGUCCACAACUGCAACCACUCCGAGGACGCCGGGGUGACCUGCGAACGAUCUUGAUCAGCUUCAAAAUCUUAAAGAGCUGCAGAACACGCCGUAGCAUUGACAGGAAACGCAUCCCACUUUACUGUACUCUCUGCCUUGUGUUGUACUGCAACCCCGCAGAAUAUGCAAGGUCUAAGAGUAAGUCAUUUAAUGUCAUGGUGAUCACAUCAUAAUCACGAUUGUUUUGAGAUUUUUAUUUGCACAGAUCAGCCAGGGAAUUAUUCUCAGUGGGGUUCAACGCCUUCUAAUCUGCCCUUCGCUGCCUGCUGUCUUUGUAUCAAAAACCUUUCCUAUCCCUGCAACAAAGCUGCUGCUUUGGCUAUUGUGGGAACAGAAGAAUUGCAUGAGCUUUGUUGCAGGAGGGAGCGUUGAUCUGGGUACAGAAUGCUGUGAUGGACAAAAAGUUGUUGCAGGAACACCGCUGCAGGAAGUGUAAAUAAAAAUACCAAAACAAGAAAAAAAGACGCCACUACAAAAUGUACAACACAUGAAACAGCAAAAGCUCAGUGGUAAUGCUUUUCUUGCAGCCACUUUGGGGUGUUCUGUAACCCUUUCAAGGUGUAGUAACUAAGGUUUUGAAAUCAAUUUUCCAGCUCUUGACUAGCUUCAGCAGUCUUUUCCCUGCCCCUUUUAUGAUUUGGUAAUUUUUUUGGUGUUUUCUUAACUCAAUCUUAACUACAUAAUUAAGCAGCCCUGUCCUCCAUAUCGGUCUGCAUUGCGAAGGCUCUUUGUUCGAAAGUGAGGACUAUAACCCGGACCAGCGUGAGGGAAAAGUGUGCUCUUUACUGUUGCAUUGUGAAAUAUUCCGCUCCACAGUGAUCAAGGGAACAGUGAAAAUGGCACUGAAGCUAAAGAAAACCUUAGGGACGACCCCUUUACUGGUACCCUGAACAUAUGUAAAUCUAUACACUGUGUAAAUAACCUUAUCAAUUACUGUUAUGCACUUUAUAAAUGUCAAAAAUAUUUUUUUGCUCUAAAACGUUAGGUUUCUAAAUAGCUACGGUUCUUAUAAAGCUUUUUAAUGGUGUUUAAUAGUUGAAGGUUUCUAAAUAAUUUAUUGCAGAUAAAAAAAAAGAAUUCAUACAACUCUCAAGGUCAAAUUUAUAUAUAAUUCAAAAUAUGACAUUACAUGACAUUUCUGUGUAGUAUGAGAAGUUCCCAUCACCCUCAAAUUAUUGAAGUCUGAUCCUAACCUCCAUUUACAUAAAACAAGGCAAGAUUCUGGGGGAAUUUGUCCUUGAAAGUAACAGGGAUUCACUGUCAUACUCUUGUAUGAAUGUUUGCCCAAGGCAAACUCAGAGAGCUAUCUCCAUUUCCAUUGACUUUUGAAAUAAUCUAUUUAAUCAGUGCCUGUUUGAUAUCAUGUUUCUUAAACUUAAGAGUAGGCAGAGCCAAAGGUCCCAAAUCCAGCAUCUUAUUAGCAUUGCCACCUAAAUCAAUCACAAAAUGUUUCUUUAUCGGUUACGUUGUUGUGGGUCACUGUAGGUUCCAGGAAGCAGCAGCUCGAUCUGCAUUGUAUCUGUUUUAUUGUAACAUAUCUAUCUAUCUAUAUAUCACACACACACACGCACGCACACACACACACACGCGCGCGCACACACACACAAUAGCAAACAAUAGGACAGAAAAGGGAAAGGGAAUCAGUGCUGAUAAGAGUUAAGGAAAUUGAUUCUAAAGUAUAUGUUAUCACUCCUCUAAAGAGAAACGAACAUGAACAAUGUAACGCACAUGUGCCAGGGCUCCACUUCUUGCCCAUCUUUGUGUUUUCUGGAUGCUGCAUAAUGAUUGGUAACCAAUGUUUAAAACCUAAUUAAUGCUGUAUAUUAUCAGUAAAAUAUUAUAUUGAAAGACUGCAGUGCAAGCGUGUUAAACAGAAUGGAAAACAUCCUAUGCAAGGUGUGUGGAUACGUCACUUCCUAACUCAAUGAACUGAUACCUGGCUAGGACAAGUCUGCCCAUAUAAAAAAAAAAAAAACGCUAUAGUUCCCAGCAGUAAUGAAUAAAUUACUGCUGCAUGCCUCUAUUGCACCCCUAGUGGUCAUGUUGAUACUGACCUCAUUGUAGAAAUUCCACCUUGCACAGUCUUGAUCACAGAUUGCCCCAAAGGUAAAACAUGCUGGUGACUUU